CAACACUAGCGAGUUCAGCCAAGGCCGUCAUCUACUUCACACAUUAGCAAACGUGCUGCCCUCGCUUCUAAGCAAUCACCAAGCAUACCCCGUGCCCCUCCCUAGCCAUGCCUCGAUUUCACGUUCCGAUCGUCGCGCUGGUUCUUGUAUCUGCUCUGGUCGCGGCAAACUUCUCGGAUGUGAACGCCCAGUCUUACAUGGCCAUCAAGGCCGCGGCAGCCCGAAAGACCGCUAACGACGCGGAAGCGGUGACGAACGCCGCGCUGGCGGAAUACAACACCAAGCUCAAGGCGGAGCAGGCGAUCCAGAAGCUCAUCGACGACGCGAACGCCGCUCUGGUAACCUCCCAGACGAAUCUCGCGAAUACCAAGAAGCAGCUGGACGACGCGAGGACCAAGGCGGAGAAAGCGCGUCAGGAAAUGAUCAAGUUCAGGAGCGCACUACAGACGGAGCAGGACUACCAUGACGAGCUCGAGCAGCAAGCUCAUCACAAAACAACCCCCAUUAAAUUGGUCCAAGUUUGGUCCAAUUAUGGUGCCCGCGCCCAAGAAUGGACCAAAUUUGGUCCAAAAUCUUGGACCACAGACGGUGUGGCUGCAAGGUAGAAUUCUGCCUAAUUUUCAAACCAGAUUUGACCAAAGCCAUACACCUAUGUAGGA